CCUUUUUUUUUUUUUACGUUACCUAACUAAUGUGCCCUGAAAAACGCUGAUAGCAACAGUCUGGCUCUGGGCAAACGCAUUCAACUCAGUGCACUUUUAACCUUCACUGCCAGUUUUGGAUGCUGAAGUAGUUUUUUUCUUUGUUGUUGUUAUUGUUAUUGUUGUUGUUGUUGUUACUGCUGCUGCUGCUGCUGCUGCUGCUGUUGUUGUUAUACAUCGAUCGUGUGAAGUUUUGCAAGCAGGGACAGCAAGGUGUCGUGAGCGACACAACUGGAGACCUGGAAGAGGAGAAGGAGCGGGGGGGGGGCGCGCGCGCGCGCGCGGAUUUUCCUUGAACCAGCUCUCUGGCGGCUGCGUUGGAGUAUGACCGCUGCCAUGCACAGAUACUAGACAUUUUACAUUUCAAAAAGGAUAAAGAGUAAGCCUAUGCCACCUUUCAUCACCCUCGCUGGAUCUCUAUGGAGAGGGUGUCCCGUUUGCUCUCACGCGGCUCUCGGAGUUACCUGCGCCUGAGACUCCGCCGUGGAUGUUGAAUUCACCGACCUGGAUAGUAGAAAACGACUCACUUAACCUCAUUUGAAUGCCGUUGCAAGGAGUUUGCUGGUUUCUGUGCUGCAGGCAGGGCUUCAGUUUGCUCGGACGGGACUAUGGGGAGAAAGAGGAGGAAGAGUCUUUUGAAUUGCGCAACAAGGAGGACUUGACUCCCAAUGGACGGAGUCCAGCUGAGGUGACUGUUUCUCAACCAACUCGCACAGCCAAUGGAACAAAUGGGCACACUGUCUCUGAGGUGUCUGAAGAGAUGAAGACCCUGAUCAUUGAGAAGAAUAAGAUGGGCCUGGAGGAAGAGCCUGAACUGCUGGUCAAGGGGUGGCUGUUGAGGGAAGUGCGAGGAAACUGGAUUAAGCAGCGUCGAUACUGGUUUGUGCUGAGCCAGGACUCACUUGACUACUACAGCGGACCAGAGAAAGGAGCCCGCAGACUGGGCACACUUGUCCUCACUAACCUCUGCUCUGUAAUCUGGCCCGACAAGCAGACCUACAAAGAAACAGGCUACUGGGGCAUCACAGUAUAUGGGCGGAAGCAUUGCUACAGGCUAUACACCAAGCACUUCAACGAGGCUGUGCACUGGGCAUGUGCCAUCCAGAAAAUCAUUGAUACCAAAGCACCCGUGGAAACGCCAACACAGCUCCUGAUCCGAGACAUCGAGGAGAAUAAGUUCAACCCGGAGGUAGUGGAGCACAUCUACCAGCACAACAUCAUCCUGAAGUACACCCAGGAACCCCUGUACGCCCCUCUGCUUCCCUUCCCCUAUGGCAGCUUGGAGCACACAUACCACAGUGGGAAAGGCUACGGCUCAGUGCGUGAGGAGGCCGUGAAGCUCUUCAACUGCCUGCAGCAGCUGGAGUCAGCACGGGAGCCGGUUCCCAUUAUCCAGGGCGUGCUGCAGACCUGCUUGGACCUGCGGCCCCUCCGCGACGAGGUCUACUGCCAGCUGGUGAAGCAGACGAGCUACACCCCGGCCCCGUACACUGCCGCACACCUCCGCUACUGGCAGCUUCUCACCUGCAUGAGCUGCACCUUCCUGCCUGGGCCCACUGUGCUCAAGUACCUGCGAUUCCACCUCAAGAGGAUUCAGAGCCAAAGUCCCGAGUCUGAGAUGGAUAACUAUGCGUCAUUCAUCAGCGAGGCUCUGGAGAAGACCAAGUGUCGAGAGUGUGUGCCAUCCUGGGAGGAGAUCCAGAUGCUGAUGAGCAGGCAGGAAAUGCUGUGCACAGUUCACUAUCCUGGCCCUGGAUCCUGCCAGCUUUACAUCAGCUCACACACUACUGCCAAUGAGGUGGUUCGAAGGCUGCAGGAGAAGCUCAGCCUGCAGGAGAGCAAAAACACGUUUGCACUGUACGAGCAGAACGCCCUGUGGGAGCAGCCGGUGGCAGGCAGCGCUCUGAUCGCAGACAUCCUGACCAGCUUCUCCACCAAAGAGUCAGAGUCUAAAUCCCAAUGGAAACUCUGUUUCAAGCUCUACUGCCUGUUGGAUGCUGACAGCAUAUCUGUGGACAGCAUUGAGUAUCUCUUCCUCUUUGAGCAGUGCCAUGAGAUGGUAGUGCGGGGCCAGCUGCCAGCCUGUGAAGAGGACCUGCAGGCCCUAGCUGCACUGAGGCUCCAGUGUCUGAUGGGUGACUUCAGCACGCACGCCCCCUGCCCGCCUCUGGACGAGCUUUUCCCAGGUCACAUGCUCGAAGCUCGGGUCCUCAUGUCCCUCUCUGCACCGCAAGCCCUGCCUCCUUGUCUGGUGGCGGCUCAGGGCUGCCCGACGACACAGCGCUUCCCCACAGGCCUACUGGCGGGGACGCUGUGGAGCCACACAGCUACAGCAGCGCACAAGCAAAAGGUGGAGCACGACAAGCGUCUGCGGAGCCGGUUGAAGGAGGAGGCAGCGGCCGUCAUGGGAUCCAUCUUGGAGCGCUGGAAAGGCCUGGCUGGCUACAGCCGCAGGGACAGUAUGGCCGCCUACCUCACAAUUGCACGCCAGUGGUCAGGCUUUGGAUGCACUCUUUAUGAAGUGGACUUUUAUAUUAGUUCGACGGGGAGUUUUUCACAGAAGCUGUGGCUGGGUGUAGCUGCUACAUCCGUGUCUCUCUAUCGGCAGGGAGAAGCAGAGGCCCUGGAGUCCUUUCCUUAUGGCCAGAUCUGCUCCUACGGUGUGUCUGACAGCAACACCUUCAAGAUCACGGCUGGGGAUCGGGAUCUGCUAUUUGAAACCACCAAGCUGACUGAGAUCAUGCAGCUGAUGAAUGCAUAUUUCAGUGCCAUCCGUCGCCAGCGAGGGAAAGGGGAAGAUGCGGACAUUACCAUAGCAGAAAGCACAGAGGUUGGCUUCCAUCACCUGGCCUCAACGCCAACACCCACCCUCCUGGAGCUGCCCUCGCACCCCGUCUGAGAGGGACCCAUACCCGGACGCCCCCAACCCUCACCAUCCUCCUCCUCCACGUGGCCGCAAUGAGGCCCAGCCCCAGUCCUCAAGAUCCCGCGCCUCCUCCACUGGGAACGGCACGGCAGCCAAAACAAAGAGAGGGCUGUUUUCACUCCCCAUCCGUGAAAAUAAACCCUUGCUGAGCUUUCCAGCUGAAGGCGCUGGCAGGAUGGAGGAGGGAGGGUGCAGGAAUGGGAAAAGACGGGAAGGCAAGGGGUUCUGUUUUGCAAGUGAGGCCAGAAACCCACAGUAACCAAUGCGGUUGCUGAUGAGGUGCCACAUACCCCCCACCCUAUCCUGUCACGCAACCACCUCUGUUACCCUACUAGCAACACCCCCCAACCCAACCCCUUUGACAAUGUGAGACAUUGGCGUGAGCCUUGCUACAUCAGGGAGAGAUAGCAUCACAAGAGUUAGGACUUGUGGCAACAAUAAGCUGUGGUACUCCCCUCAUGAAGGUAUGGCUUAGAGCUAAAACACUACUCGCUCUCUUCUUUCUCUCUCUCUCGAAGUGUGCCAUAUUUGCAUUGCCUUUCCUAGAAGGCGGUCGUCCCUCACGCACUGCUGGAAUAGUGUUGAGAACAUUCAGUGACAAACCCUGCCCUGUCUUUGGCUCUCUCUGUCUCUCUCUCUCUCACACACACAGACACAUACAGACACACACAGACACACACAGACACACACAGACACACAGACACACACACACUCUCUCACGUGCCCUUGUGCUGACAUGUUCAUCAGAGACAGUUAGUUUUCAUUAGGUCCCGGACGGGCUUGCAUUACCUGGAACUGUUGAUGCAGUGAGCCAUGUGAACUUGGAACUGGAAACAGAUGUUGAACUCUGUAGCUAAGUCGCCUUGGCUGCCAUGGCCAUACAGACUCUUACCUAUGGGAUUAUCAGUUUGUGUGUGCGUGUGUGCGUGCGCGUGCGUGUGUGUGCGCGUGUGCAUAUGUGUGUCUGUUUGAUCAAGCAAACCAUUUCCUGGAUGACAUAUUCAGGAUCUAGGUUAAUUGUGUUUCAUAGAAACCAAAGGAUUUUGGAGCUGUUUGUACAGAGUUUCCACCAAAUGCUCUGAUUUUUCCUUUGUUUUGCUGCUUGUCUUGGCUGUAAUCCUUGACAUGAAACUUGGUUAACACUUGACUGAUUGGAUAAUUUUGCUUUGUCAGUUACUAUUCUAAUGCAGCUGUACUCUGCUGAAAAUAACAGGUGCUUCUCUGUUUAUUUUUAUUUUCACAAUGUAUAUAUCAUUGAAGAAACUGAAUCUAGAGUACACAUAAAACCCCCAGUCAGUGAUGUGGAUCAUUUAAGAAGUGACACCUUAUUUACCAUGCUGUGCCCCAUCUGUUCCCUUCUAUUUCAACAGAAACCUUUCUAAUCAGGCCAUUGAUGCUUUUGUAGUAUAAUUUAUGCAGACUUUGUUAUUUUUUACCGUCCUUUAUGUCUUAAAUGCAGACCCAGGUGCAUUUUGAUAUUAGGUUUGCUUUAACUGAUCAGAGCCCUGAAUGCUUCUGGUUCUGCUCCCUAAAGCAGUUCAGAUGUGUAAAUCCUGUGUAGCUUUCUUUGUGUUCAUUGUUGUAGUUUGAAACCAAAGUUUUGCCAAGUCAUGGGUUUGAGCAUGGACCAAAGAUGAUUUUUUUUUUUUUUUUUAAUAAGCUUUUAUAACAAGAAAUUAUACCGAAGCGGACAGAUGCCCCCAAUUUAUAUUUGACCGUUUUCACAUUUAUUCAUUUUUCUUUACACUUGAAUACGUUACAAUAUGAAGACCUCCUGGGGUAUACAUUGUACACCUUAUUUUAUUAUAGUGGAUAACCAUUAAGAAAUCUGAGACAAAUAAUUGGCUUUUUAAAGAUAAUUUUACAGUACUGUCUGCUUCUCAACCCCAUGCGAUAACCAGCCUCAAAACUAAAAUCUUCCCACUGUGGACAGCCUUGAUGAGUCAUUGCACAGUCAGCCCUGUCUCCUGCUCAGAAGCAGGUCUUUUUUUUUUUACUGCAGCUGCAGGCAGCUCCGAGCUACAUGUAUGAAAAGAAAG